AUGAAAGGCAAAAAAGGUAAAAAAGUAAAAAAAUCCCAUGACAUCGACGAGUUUAUCAGCAAAGAAUUCGAGUUAAUGAAAAAGAACCGUAAAGCCAAACCCUUAUUAAGAGCCAAUGAAACUGCUGAGCAGCCUUCACGCUUAAAUCAAAUGAUUAGACUUAAAGAAAAUGAAGACUUGCCGCCUCCUCACCCUCAGCCACAGCCUCGCGAAUCUUCAAAAAAAUCAGAAAUUAAGCCCAAAGAAAAAGAAGUCAGAGACGAAGAAAUAUAUGAAGAAGAUUUCGAGCCCAUAGAAGAGGAAGAAAUGCCUCCGCCUCCUCCUCCGCCUCCAAGGCCUAAGAAAGGUGUACGAGAUAUCACUCCAAUCGGCGGAAAGCGCCAAUCCUCAACUUCUUCAUCAUCAAAAAUCGACUACUCAAUCGAAGACAUUAAAAAAGGAAUUGCGCAUGAAAAUGAAAUUGCAAGAAAAAAAGAGGAAGAAGAAGAAUCGCCUAGUAGCCGCAGUGGAGUAAUUUCACAUAUAAAAUCUGCCCCAAAACAGAUAGAAGAAGUAGAAAUUUCUCAAGAAAAAGUCGAAGAGCCUGCUGUGUUAAAAGAAGAAGAGGAAAAUAAUUUGAUUUAUAAAUUGAGUGAAUUUGACGUGAUGAUAGAAAAACUGAAUAAAGGGGUGAUUCAGAAUUCAACAGUUCAGUCGAAUAGUGAUAAUGUAGAAAAAGAAAUACAAACUUCAGAAAUUGAAUAUCAAAACAAAGAAGCCCAAUGGCCUGGAGAUAUGGGAAAGCUUAAUGAAGAAAAUAUAAAGCCAACAGGGUCUAUAAAUAAGUUUCUCAGAAAAGUACUGCCAGCUAUGGAAAUUUUAUUGGAAGAAAACAUAACAAAUAAAGGAGGAGAAGUAAAACUUAAAGCUCAAGAAAAGCCUGAAACAGAGUAUAUCAAGUCUCAGCUUUCUCUUCCAGUACCAACAUUUCUGAACACUCGCUUCCCGAACUCUUCUUUUAAAAUCACCGAUUUAGCAUUUUUCCCUCAAAAAAGAAACUUCCUGGCAAUUGUGUAUUCAUUAGAAAAAUCAGGAAGCUUAAUUUUAGUAUGGGAUGUCCAGCAGCCUCGAAAGCCAUCUCGGCUAUUGUUAUCAGAUUCUACUGUGUCUACAGUAGUUAUUUCAAGAAAUAGUGAGCAUAUUGCAAUUGCUGGCACAGAUGUAGGCGGGAUUUUAUUAUGAGACUUACGAGAAUCAUCAUCUUUUCAUGAGAUUAUUCACAUUGACGAUAAAAAAUACACCCUUAGAAGGCCUACUUAUAGCACUGAAGGUGUAGUUGAGAAUUCUCACAUAGGCUCUGUACAAAAAAUAAUAGAAUUAGCUGGACCUAAAGGACAAAGUUUUUCCAUUGCAAGCUUGGACAACUCAGGGCAGUUAAUUUCUUGGAGUAUUGCUGAGCUCCCAAUCGCUGAUUUGGCAGGAUCAGAAAUCGAUCUAGGACUAAGGGUAGGGGGAAGAGUAAAAAUAGUGAAAAGCAAUAGCCUAGCAAUCCCUAAUUUAUUCAAGCUCCGAGUUGCAAGUGGAAGCGUUUUUGGAAUUGACCCAAGUGACAACCAAAAAUUCAUAUAUGGAAAUUCUGGGAAUUUAUAUCAUGGAAAUAGAUUUGGAAACUGGGCAAGUCCUAACAAUUUUGAAGGAACAGGGAGCACUCCUACAUGUGUUGCAUACUCCUCUUCAGAAAAUUUUAAACAUUUUCUUGUUGGGUUUAGCUGUGGAAGUAUAGCACUUUAUGAUAAAAAUUUUAGUGCGCCUAAAGAAAAUUGGGCGCAUGUCUGUGGAAGUUUGAUAAGGAUUGGCUGGGAUCCGAAUGGGAAAGAAAUUUUUUAUUGUAUAGAUAUGAAUCAGCAGCUAAUGGUUUGGGAUUUGAAGAGAAAAAAUAAUGGGCCGAUUUUGACUAUUAAGCUUAAAGGAGAGUGGCAAGCAAUUGACUGGAUUUUGCCAGAAAAUAUAAAUCAGGAGCUUAUUCUAGCUGCAAGUAAUGGAGAAAACGCAAAAGUCUAUUCAAUUGCAAUAAAUUCAUCAAAUAUUAGAUAA